UUGUGACGUAGAAUCUUUAAAAUCGAAAGCGCCAUUUUUCUUCUUCGUUUAGCUGUUCUCUUUCUUUGUCGUCUUUUUGAUAAAAAAUAAUUUUAUAUGCAAACAUGGAUGAGCUUGUAAAGACACAAUUGCAAAAUAACAAUUCAAAGUUCAAACUUUCCCUGGAUCGAAUCAUAGACAAGUAUUCAAAACUUCAGUACCAGGACGCGGGGACAGAGGUUGAUCUCGACGAUAUAAGCCCCACAAAGCUUGACAGCUACAUGACGUUAUCUAAAAAGAAGGUGAUCUCACUGCAACUGAAGAGCUCGACAGAUGUCAGAGAGGAGUCACUAAGAGCACAGGACCCCACAGGAGGCUCUCAGCUGGACUUGUCAUCUGAUACCAGCAUCCAGCUGUCUAUGGAAGAUGGUGGGAUGACUAGAAGUGAUGUGACUCAGCUGACUGUGAGCUCACUGGAUGAGAGUCAGAGAAACUUUUCCAAUGUGGACCUUCAACCUGAAGACCAAGAUGAGGAGCUGGAAAUGUCUCUUAGAAGUCAUGGCAGUUCCUGGGUGGAGCUCUAUCCAAGUAUGAUUAGUCGGAUAAAGAGGGCCUGGGAUCGGCAGCAUGUCUCUACAGCCGCUGAUUCUGUGCUGAGGAGGUACCGCAGAUGGCGUCAGCAAUCAAACAGAAGUAACCUCAACAACACCUUUGUCGUCCCACUUAGACACACAAACAGCAAACCAAAGAUGACCACAAAAGCAUUUCCAGAGAAAAGCUCCAGCAGGCCUAUGAAAGAGCAAUUCACGAGGACCAAAACAACGCCUAUGCAGACUGUGACCUGUCCUAGAGACUGGCACGAAAUGCACCAAUCUCCUGAUAGGGAGGAAAACCUUAUGAGCAGGCACCAGCAUAAGCCUGUCCUUGUAAUGGACUUCUCUGCUUCCUCUGUGUCCUUUAAACCAAAAGAGAUACCAUUAAACAAGACUUUCACUGUGUCUCAGCUGUCCCCUCGUAAACAAACCCAGCUGGAAGACCAGGCCUCUGCCUAUAGCGUCAGUCCUUCACGACCUUGUGCUAAAGCCUCUGAGGAAAGAUCAAGUCUUUCUCUAUUAGAGACAGCUGGGAGCUCCAUCCUUGCACCAGAAUUCACUGCUGCAAUACAGAGACCUGAUAUCUAUGGCUCCCCAGUUAGGCAGGAGGCGCCGAGCUUUAGGGACAGGAGUCCCCUAAAAGCAAGAGUGGUGACCAGCCUGGGAAGAUCACCUCAUUUGUUUUCCAGAAGCCCCAGUGAAUAUUCUGUGACUUCCAGAGAGCCUAUGAGGCCCAGAUCACUCACGGCCUCUCUGUUUUCCCCGACAAAAAGGCCUGUUUUGCCACUGAAGAUGCUUUACUCUCAAAACUCCCAGCAGUCCUUCCUGCCACACUCACCGCAGUCAGCCUCAGCAGCAGGGGGUCAUCGCAGGCUCGUACGACACCUCUCCAUUGAUUCCGUCCUGCCUUCAUCCCCUGGCUCGUGCUCACCAAAACAAGUUGAUGAGGAUUUCAUGAAACUUUACCACAAGUUUGUGUGUCAGAACAAGUCAACUUUCUUCAAUGGCCCUCCAUGCCGUCUCUGUGCUAGAAGCUCUGAGGCCAGCAGAGGUCACUCUUCAUCAGCUCUGGCUGCUCUUGCACUGUCACCACACCGGUCUGUCCUGAGGAAACGCCACAGGGACCUAGACUGGAGCAGCCAUCCACAGUCCAAACGCUUCAGGGAAGUGUAUUGCACAUACUCCCCAGGGUCCAAACGCCACAGCAGAGCGAUGCUAAGGCAAGGUCUCCCUUUGUCUGAACUGGAGCUGCCUCGUGGUUGUAGCUCCAGUAAGCACAACAUGUUUCAAAGGUUCAGCAACCAGCAGUAUCCAGCACAUGAGGAAUAUGUGGAGGCUGAAUCUGCAGCGGAUUUUUCUGGCAUGGGAAGUUCACUAGAGAGCAAAAUGACCUGUGGCUACUCUCCCAGAAAAUGGCGAUGAAGGGGAUCAUCAAGGAGAUGGGCCGAUGAAAUUUAAUGAAAUGUAUGACCAUCUAGUUCUGCGAUGGAAACCUGCUGAUAAUUAAUCUCUCUGAACUAUUUUUAAUUGAUUAUAAUUGUUCUUAUAUGUUCUAUCAUUUCUUGAAUAUAUGUUUGAUGUCCAUUUUUUCUGUCUAUUCAUUUUUGAAAUAAAAUUGUCAAUGGGAGAAUGUAG